CCUACUCCCCAUUCCAUGUGUUGUUAUAUCAAAUUCCUUACUAUCCUAGGAAUCUUACAGUUCAACACUCCAGCAAAAUGGCUUUCAAAAUAAAAAAGAUUUCCGCUACUUCAACUUACAGCACCAGAAAUCGUUCGAAUCAGUUGAACGGUCAGGGUAUUGUCACUAUAAUUUGGAAUCCUGAUGCAUCUAUACCGACUGGUGAAGGAUGUGAUGGUUCUAGCUGCUGCUGUACAUUUCAAAUUAAUUCCAAGAAAAUGCCGCUGAGCCUCUCUGGGUCUUGGAGUGAGAUGAAGAAUAUCACUACUUAUAAUAUCAAAGCCGGAAUCGGAAAAAUUGAAGACAUCCUAACGGCUGAUAAUAUUACAUCACUCGGUACCGAGGAUUUCGAGAUGCCAAUGGGUACUCUUACACUAAAUAUCCCUCCUACGUUUCCAGCGCGGUAUGUGGGAGACUGGGUUUGGCAGAUAUCAGGCCCUGACCAAAAAUGGACCUCCUGCACAACAAAAACACUCCUGGAAUUCACUUUCGUGAAAUUUGGUCCACCCCGGGGUCCCAUUCAGCCUGGAAAUGCAACAACACCGGCUAGGCCUGAUUUUGGGGGUGAAUACCCGGUGGAUAUAUUUCGUUUAUUUCUCCCCAAAUUCCCUCAUCACGAGAUCAGUCCCCCUGAUUAUCUCAAGCAAACGAUGGAUAUAAUUUGGAACCUGGGCCAAAAUACCAAUCCAAAUAUUGCAGCAAGUCGCUUAUUCCAGUAUGAGACUAUUCGUGGGGCACCAGCAUAUAUCGAUAGCGGUUAUGGUGGAACAUUUCAGCUUCGCCGUUUUGUUUCUGGGCUUUUUGACAGCCUUAAUUGCUACGACUUAGCGGCCCUUAGCCAGCUUGCUAUAUGCAUCAUACAGGACGAGAAUGGAGACGAAGUAUAUGACAGCAAAUGGGUAAUAUGCCAUCCAGUCGAUCCACAAAAUCCCAUACCGUAUGGUUUCAUACCAGAUGGCCCCCUAAUUGGCUGGCCGCAGUACCCCAACUGUAACUCACCAUUUUUCUCACAAAACCGGUUACCACAUUAUAAUGACCCUAACGACCCCAGCCGACAGCGAUUUUGGAAUCAUGCCUGGGUCGAGGUAACUAAUUCAGGAAGAAGAACCGUUCUUGACGCGACUCACUGUCUGCAAUCUAACCCGAACCCGGCGGCAGGAGAGGAUGAUCGCAGUACAUAUCUAAAGAAGAACACAGAUCAAACGAUGCCGCCUAACCACCCUCCCCAGAUAAGGGCAUUUUAUCAAAAUCCUAACGUUUGGGAUCCCCCCACAUACAAUCAAAUUGGUGUCACAGACGUCGGCUCUGUUCCAGCUCUAUCUCGAGCAUACGGGAACCCACCGUCUACUACAGAGUGGGUUCCCACAAGAAUAAACAAUGCUCCAUGCGACCCCUCCUCUAUAUUAAGGGUUGUGCAGUCUAUCUGGCCGACCGCAAAUAUUGACUCCGCGGAUUGGCUGGUGGCUUCUCACGGUUGCCAGGUCCUGACAGCAUUUUCUUACAUACGGAACACCAAUAACCGGCUCUUUGUGGAAAUCAACAACCUGGAGACUCGAUCCGAUGCAAACUCUCAGUACCAAACCCUGAGAGCUAACCUGCAGACUCUCACCGAACCUGGAUUGCAUCUUCCAGUUACAGAUAUUGGAGAUGAGGCUUUCCGCACACCAAACAACUUAAUUUGGAGGCGUAAUUUGAUGUGUAUUCGCAUAUUCGCAGCACUGCCAGCUUCAGACCCCCAGCGACCAACCGAAAUCCCACGUCUAAUUCUAGAAACUGCUAAGGCUGUUGAUGGCCAUUUGGUAGCUUCUGCUGUCUCUCCGGGUCAAGAAGCACGCCCAUCUCCAACUCUUAGAAUCUCUACCCAGAGAACUUUGGAAAUAGGUAGAGGUAGGUUCGAUGUGUUACUCGACAAUGUCUCGGAUAUUUCAGAUGUUUCUAUCGCAGAGAUUGAAGAUCAUACUAUUGUUAAGCAGGCUUCGAUUGGAUCUACAUUGGUGGGUCAACAUGGCAUUAUUCGCUUUGUUGCUCUAAAGCUGGGGAAGACAGAUGUGAAAAUUUGCGUGGCUCAUCAUCGCAGCCUUGCAAUUUCGACAGUCAAUAUUGAGGUUAUUGUUUCGGGUCAUAUUGAGUGCGCUUAAGUAGCUAUACAAUCUGACAAUUCCUGUAGAUUUCUAAGAGAUU